UACGUUGUUUGGAGAUAGAGUUGCAAAUAAUCACAGACAGAGAGAGAUUUUUAUUCAAGCGUUGUAAAUUGGCAUUUGUUGAAGGAUUCGAAUUUUUAUAUCUAGAAUACAAUCUAAGUGACAAGUACAUAAAAUGGAGUACAUUCAACAAGCCUCAGAGGAUGCAAAGAAAGGAAUGAUUCUCUGUUGCGAAUGUGGGCUCCUCAUCGAGCCGAAUCCCGCCAAUAUGUGCGUAGGAUGUCUACGUACCCACGUUGAUAUUACAGAGGGUAUCCCUAAACAAGCGACUAUACAAUUUUGCAAAGGUUGUGAGAGGUAUCUUCAACCACCUUCCGAAUGGAUUCACGCUGCUCUGGAAUCCAGGGAACUUUUAUCACUGUGCUUGAAAAAGUUAAAGGGAUUGAACCGUGUGAAACUAGUAGACGCCGGUUUUAUAUGGACAGAACCACAUUCUAAAAGAUUGAAAAUAAAACUAACUGUUCAUGCAGAAGUAAUUGAUGGAACAGUCCUGGAGCAAGUAUUUGUAGUCGAAUAUAUCGUGAAUCAUCAAAUGUGCGAAGAUUGUCACCGUACGGAAGCUAAAGAUUACUGGCGUUCAUGCGUGCAAGUCCGGCAGAGAGCAACAAAUAAGAAAACUUUUUAUUACUUAGAGCAAUUGAUAUUGAAACAUAAAGCACAUGAGCACACACUGGGCAUAAAACCUAUUCAUGAGGGUUUGGACUUUUACUAUGCAAACGAGGCCGCAGCUAGAAAAAUGGUUGAUUUUUUAAUGACGGUCAUGCCAUGCCAGUAUCAACAUUCGAAGAGAUUAAUUUCGCACGAUUGCCACAGUAAUUUAUACAAUUACAAGUUUACAUUUUGCGUUGAAAUUGUUCCGCUCUCCAAAGAUAGCGUAGUUUGCCUACCACGGAAGUUGGCUCAACAGUUAGGUGGCAUUAAUCCUAUUUGUUUGGUAUAUCGAAUUACAAAUGCUGUACAUCUUAUAGACUUUUUAUCAGGACAAAUUGCUGAAGUUAGUUCGACUGUCUACUGGAGAAAUAACUUCAAUAGUAUAUGCGACCCAAAACAAUUAACAGAGUACAUCGUGAUGGAUAUUGAACCAAUAAAAUACAAAGAUAGAAAAAUUUUUCCAGGACAAGGAACUAUUUCUAAUAAACACAUCAUCGCGGACGCAUGGCUAGUGAAAGCAUCUGAAUUGGGGAUAAACGAUAAUCCAACUCACACGCGUACACAUUUAGGCCAUAUACUUAAACCAGGUGAUUCAGUACUCGGCUAUGCUCUGAAAGAUAGUAAUAUUAACGAUACCAAUUUCGAUAAACUAAGUGAAGAUUCAAUACCCGAUAUCAUAUUGGUAAAGAAGUUUUACGGCCAUAACAAGGCAGCUCGUCGCAAGGCACGAGUAUGGAAGUUGAAACAUAUUACUGAUGAAGUAGCCAGUAUGAGCACAGAAAAUAACGAAUAUAAUGAAUUCCUUGAUGAACUGGAAGAAGAUCCGGAAAUGAGACAGAACAUCAAUAUAUUUAGAGACGUUCAGAAGCACAUUCCUGUUGACACUAGCGAAAUAGACUCGAGCAUUCCGCAGAUUACUCUCGAGGAAAUGCUGGAUGAUCUUGUAAUCGAAGAUUAAAAUAUCUAAAAUUUUUAAAUAAAAGAGUACAUAAUUGUAAAAAAUAAUUUUGCACAUAUACCUGAGAAAUGUACUCAUGAUCUUCUGUAUGCAUGCACAUUAUAGCACGUGUAAAUUGAUAUAAAUAUGAUAUACAGAAAGAUUGUUACGAAA